UCUUGGCCAUGAUAGUGGGGAAGGUAUAUCCAGGUGGGGCUCAUAUUCGAGCGCAAUGCUCCAUGUUCAAGAUUUAUGGCAGUACCUGGUACCAACUUCUCAUCACCAAUCUUCAAUUCCGAGGCGUAAAACUCGACGUACCUGGCAAAUCAUAUUAUUUUAUCACAUAUUUCCCAGACUCCAGAAAGCGCAAUACACAAUCACGAUGUUACCAACCCCCAUAUUCCUACUCACCUGCGUCUUCGCUAUCACAACGCAUGCAUUCCCCACAAACUCAGCAGCCGUGAACGGAACAAACGGUUGCCCGACAAGCACUGAAUACGCCUGUUUCGACGUUAUCAAUUCUUCGCUAUGUCUGGGUCAGAAAGCUGUGAAUGGAACUGCUGAAGAGCUUGCGGCUUGUGUAGAUUAUCCAGGUGGCAUGAGCGAUCUUCCAGGAUCUUCAAAGUUGUGCCGAUGUCCUGGGUGCCAUUCUACAUUCAUCAAUGAGGCGAUUGAGAAGCUGUUCCCGCCGCCGUGUGCGUGA